AUGAAUUUAUCCGCCGAGUACGCACCGAUUUACGCUCAUUUGGAUCUUCACACUUUGAAAAAACGCGCUCUCGCCUGUUUGCACACUUUCGUCAAGGAUGAAAAUAUUCGAGAGCAACUGGUGGCAGCGUACACGAGCCCGGACCGCUUCGACGAUCUCGUCCAAGACCUACAAGAGUUUGUCUCGCUCUCUGGGGAGGGAGAGAGGCGCAGGUUUCCAAAAGACUCGCCCAUGUGCCAGCGAGAAGCUCUUGGAAUCAUAGCAGAGUUCAUCAAGAUCCCGGACGUCCUCUCCGUUGUUCGAUCAAAAGAAGAGCUUCAGAGCGAUCUGAAACGGCUGGUCCAUUCGCCUUCCGAAGGAGUCGCCACUUACUCGGCAUACAUUCUCUACCAGCUGAAUGAAAACGCAAACGACAACUCCUUCGUUCCGAUUCCAAACCAGGAUGUGACGGACUGGGACGACUCCUCUAUCAACUCAAGGAUCGAGCUCAAACUAAUUUAA